AACCUAUCAUUAAAAUUAUAGACUGCUAAUUUCUUUGUCAGUUGGCAAAUGUACCACUUUCUUUGGUUCUUCUCAAAUGGUGCUAUUUUUUUUUUUUUUUAUCAAAGUUAAUCAGCUCUUUAGUUUCCAGAGUGUGAUCUCACAGGGUAUAUUUAGCAACACAUUUCAUUUUGGAUCUCAACAGGUUGAUCCAGUUCUGCCACAUCUACCUUCACAGGUUUUCCUGUCUGCUCUUGUCUGAAGCAAUCAGUGUGAUGGUGACAAUGUAGCUAACAAGUUAAGUAAACAGUAGUUACAUUUUAACAGUUACUUAAAGUGAAUUAACAGUGCAAUCAGAAAAUAAUCAUUUUGUAUUCACCAAAUUUGUAUUUCCCUAUAAAACAUUAACACAUUAAGAAACAUCAAGGUCAGAGAUAUAGACACCGAACCUGGCACACAUCUGGUCAUAGUGCAUAUUAUGCCAUAACUGGUAAGAGUUAGGUUAGCUUUGCACCCAAUCUGAUCUUUAUCUAGUGACAUCGACUUUAUGGAGAUUGACUUUAUACUUUGUUACAUAAAUGAUUAUCUCCCUACGUUAGGUUAGAAGUUAAGACACAAUCUCUACAAAAGCUGAUUUCACUUUUAUGGGCCAUUUAAAUACCAACAUGAAUAGCCAAUGGUGUAGAAAAUAGUUUUAGGCUUUAAUUAUAACUUUAGUCCAUUGGUGAGACAAUUGAGAACAGCCGCAUGGACACAUUAACCAUGGACCUCAGGGUAAAACAUUUACACAACAUAAGUGAACUAGUGUAGUUUGCAGGAUAACCCAGAAAACUAGUUCAUUAGGAGAAAACACAAAGAAAUAAAAAAUAAAUUGGGCCUGAGCCAUUAAAUAUGCAUGAGCGAUAUACAUUUAUGUAUGUGCUUGUGAAUGUUAGUUCGGAGAACAUGUUUUUUUUUCUUAACUUAAUAUUGGUUAAUGGAUAAAUGGUUGAGCUAAAAAAAAGCAUCUUUUAUCUGUUUUGCUCUGAUGAUACAUGUACACACUUUUAAAAAUUAAGGUAUUAUGUAUGAAUUAGGUUUUUAAGCUUUUGUUUUAAAAUAAAUAGUAGAAGAUUUAUGCAUAAAUCUUGAAUAUGCCAGCAGUGCAUCACAGAUAAAAGUUAACAAUAAACUGCUCAUCGUUUUAUUACACAAAAGGGCAAUGUACUACAUGUAAUUGUCAUUCCUUGCCCAGACAUGCACUUUAUCACAACAGAUAGUCUUCCGUUUAAUUAUGCAGUGUGAUAGUUAGUGAUAGUUAAACUUUUUUUUUGUUGGGGUGGGGGGAAUACGUGCGUUCUGACUGGGUCUUUUCAUGACAAACCUUCUGUAUGGAGCCCUGAGAAACAUCUGGAGUACUGCAGUCCUGGCUUACAUUUACCUUCAUUAUAAAUGAACUGAAGACAUAGAAAGUAGGCUACAGAGGGCAGAAAUGAUGGAUCGCCUGCUGAGGAGAUGCCGAAUCAAGAGCAGCUUGUUCAGACAGUGUCUGGCAGAAUUUUUCGGAGUCUAUAUUUUAAUACUUUUUGGGUGCGGAUCAGUUGCCCAGGUGACGACCUCUCAGAACACUAAGGGUGAAUACCUGUCAAUUAACCUCGGGUUUGCAUUGGGCACAACAUUUGGGAUUUAUGUGGCAAAAGGGGUAUCAGGAGCUCACCUGAAUCCAGCUGUUUCCCUCACCCUGUGUGUCCUGGGCAGGUUUUCCUGGACUUGUCUUCCGUUCUAUGUGUGCUCACAGCUCUUAGGAGCAUUUUUGGCAGCAGCAACUGUUGCUCUUCAGUACUAUGAUGCCAUAAUGGAUUUCACUGGAGGACAUCUGACAGUUAGUGGUGCCACUGCCACGGCUGGUAUCUUCUCAACUUAUCCUGCUGACUACCUGAGUCUAUGGGGAGGAGUGGUUGACCAGAUAAUAGGCACAGCUGCUCUGCUAGUGUGUGUUCUUGCAUUGGGAGAUCCUCGUAACACACCAGCUCCUCCUGGUCUGGAGCCUAUCCUGGUGGGAGCAGCUGUCCUGGUGAUCGGCAUCUCCAUGGGGUCUAACAGCGGAUAUGCUAUUAACCCGGCUCGAGACUUCGGCCCGAGACUCUUCUCUUACAUUGCAGGCUGGGGAGAUGAAGUGUUCAGGGCUGGUCGUGGCUGGUGGUGGAUACCUGUGUUUGUAACGUGUGUGGGCGCUCUCCUGGGCGCAUUACUCUAUGAGCUGCUGAUUGGAGUUCAUCAUCCAGACUCGGAACCAGAGGAUGCUGAGGACCUGACAGCUGUGCUCCAGCAAACUGUGGAGCUGGACGGUAUGCAGACAAAAUUUGACGCCAUUAAAGAAAACGGCAAGGACGGGAUCUUUUCCAUAUCCUCAGCAGACAUCAGCUAAAGUAAAGCUGCAAAAUUUCAAUAGUUAAUAUUUAUAUGCUAAAUACAUUUAAUUUAAUGAUCAUUGUGUUUAUGAUAUAAAAAGAAAUAAUAUGAAAAAGUUAUCUUUGUUGUAUAUAAACUGGGUGAGAUUAUUUAUUAUUUUGGUUUGUUAAUGAUCAAACAUAUAAAAUGAUAUAUAUAUAUCAUUGACUUUGUAAAACCUUAAAGGACAUGUCUUAAAUUUAAUUUCUGUAGCACAAUAUCUAUAUGAUAUACUGUCUUAUCUACUGUUGAAUUACUGCUAAAAAAAAUUCAACAGAAAUAUAGUAAUUUAUAUUCAUAUUUUGUAAGCAAAAAUCAUGUACUGAAUUAUCUGAUGAAGUUGUAAGACUUUAUAAUAUUGUUUAGCUUUAUUUGUUUACAUUAAUUUCAACAAUUUGUUUCAACAAGUUUUGUGUACUAACCUGAUUAAAGAACAAUUGUUUUUAUAAAUACUGACAUUAAAAAACAUUAAUAAAUCCAAGAC